UGACAUGAAUUUCCAAAAACAUUCUUUUUAUAUAUAAUCAUAAUCAAUUAAUUAUAUAAUAAUAGUGAUUAAUCACAUUAUACCACAUUUACUCAAGAAAAUGGCCACUAAUAAUAAGACUAUCCCAGUGAUCGAUCUACAAGACUUACCUAAUGAAUUACCCAAUUUGAUAGCAGCAUGUGAAGAAUGGGGCUGUUUCAGGCUGCUUAACUUCCAACAACUCCUUCCGGCAACACUCAUGUUAGAGAUGAAGGCAGUGGUCAGAUCACUGUUUGACUCACCAGUAAAUAUCAAGCUCCGGAACGUUGACGUCAUCUCUGGCAGCGGGUACCAGGCCCCGUCGGACAAGAAUCCGCUGUACGAGGCCCUUGGUCUGUAUGACAUUUCGUGUCGUGCUGACGUGGAGACUUUUUGCUCCCAGUUGGAUGCUUCAAUUCAUCAAAAGGUUUAUAUAUCGAUCAGACUAUAUCUAUGUCUAUAUGCUAAAGCAGCACAUGAGUUACUUGUGGCGGUGGCAGGGAAAUUAGCCCAUGGUUUAGCAGUGAAAAGUGAAAAUUUAGGAUUUGAGAAAUGGCCAUGUCAAUUUAGAAUAAAUAAGUACCAUUUCACCCCUGAAAGUGUUGGCUCCCCUGGUGUCCAAAUACACACAGAUGGCGGUUUCCUGACUAUCCUUCAAGAUGAUGAAGGCGUCGGGGGUCUAGAAGUCAUGGAUAAGUCGGGUGAAUUCAUUGCCGUUGAUCCGUGGCCUGGCACCCUUCUUGUUAACCUCGAAGACAUGGCAAAUGUAUGGAGUAAUUGAUGAUUUUGCAGUGUGAAGCAUAGGGUGCAAUGCAAAGAAGCAAAAGUACGUAUUUCAAUUGCUUCAUUCCUUUUAGGGCCAAGAGGGACAUUGGAACCGCUACCAGAACUUGUGGAUAAUGACCAUCCUCGUGUGUAUGUUCCUACCAGUUUUGAAGAGUACAUGAAUUUGAGGUUCUCGACAAAUUUGUAUGCGGGUGAAGCUCUUGAGCUCUUACUUCUAAAGUUGAUAGACUGCUUUGGACAAUUUGCAAUUAUAAAGGAUGAUGAGGACUAGAAGUGAACAAGACAGAAGAUGAAGGACUGAGGAAGAAGUAUUGCUGCUUAUUUAUACACAGGCUGGCAGA